AGAGAGAGAGAGAGAUAGAGAGAGAGGCCACGGGAAGGUAACUGGACCGGGCAGGCUGGGCUGAUGAACUCGGCCGGCGAUUUCCACCUCUGCCUCGCCGCCCGUCAGCAGGUAAGGCAGUCUGCGCCUUCGACUCGGCUGCGCUGGAGCUGCUCAAGAUGUGGCAGCUCUGUGUAUUGAAAGUUACUCUCAGCGUUACCAUAGGAGUUGCGAUAGCUGGCGUCCUUCCUCAUGUUCCUAAUGUACAGGAUCCGCCAGUUCCUGACCAAAUGCGAAUGACUCAGGAAGACCUUGAGGCGCUGCUGGACAGCGAGCAGGACCCCGAGGUGACCCCUGGCCUCUUCCAGGGCGACAUGGCGUUGACCAACGAGGUGUUCAACUAUUGGCGCGUUGGUCUCCGCUGGGACGUGUUCCCUGAGAAACUGUGGGACAACAACACCGUCCCUUACGUCAUCAGUCCUUUAUACAUGGCCGACGAUUACGCAACGAUUUACACGGCGAUUCGAACUUUGAACUUCAUGACCUGCGUCAAAUUCGUGCCCUGGGACGGAAAGAAAAAAGACUUUCUCCUCAUCUGGCCCAUCAAGUACCCAAAAGGUUGCUGGUCGUACGUGGGCAAAUUUGGAGGUGCGCAAAUCGUGUCCCUUCAGCCGCCAGACGAAAACGGGCCGAAUUGUCUCGGAGGCGAGGGCCGCGCUCUCCACGAACUGAUGCACGCGCUCGGCAUCUUCCACGAACAGUCGCGGGCGGACCGCGACGACUUUGUCAAAAUCAGCCUUGACAAUGUGAUCCCACAGUUUAGAAAUAAUUUUGAUAAGCAGAGCUUGGAGAAUACAACUUACGCUUUUGAAUACGACUAUGACAGCAUAAUGCACUACGGAAAAUAUUUCUUCAGCGUUGGGAAAGGUCGAGCGACCAUAACCCCAAAGAAAAACAGCAAAGCGCGACUCGGUCAGCGGCGCGGCCUCAGCAAAACCGACUGCCUUAAGAUUAACGAUCUCUACGGCUGUCUGGACAAAUCGACCGCUUUGAGACGAAAGUACUACAACAUUUGCAACUACCUUGGACUGUAAAGUGAUGUGCCAAUACCUUUUAUUUAAUAAAACUACUAUUUUAAUUUUUAAUAAUUUAAAAGUAAAG